GGGAUUGUGGGUAACCUGUCCAGUGGGAAGUCGGCCUUGGUGCACCGCUAUCUCACCGGCACCUACGUGCAGGAGGAGUCCCCGGAAGGCGGCCGAUUCAAGAAGGAGAUUGUGGUCGACGGGCAGAGUUACCUGUUGCUGAUUCGCGAUGAAGGCGGACCCCCCGAAUUGCAGUUUGCCGCCUGGGUGGACGCGGUGGUCUUCGUCUUCAGCUUGGAGGACGAGAUCAGCUUUCAGACCGUCUACAACUACUACCUGCGCCUCUGCAGUUACCGCAACACCAUGGAGGUGCCCAUGGUCCUCGUCGGCACCCAAGACGCCAUUAGCGCCACCAACCCCCGGGUGAUCGACGACUCCCGCGCCCGCAAGCUCUCCAACGACCUGAAGCGUUGUACCUACUAUGAGACGUGCGCUACCUACGGGCUGAAUGUGGAGCGCGUCUUCCAGGACGGUACGACGGUGAUGGCGACGAUG